AUGGUGACCGCUCUUGGAGCCUACGCUGUCGAACGGGCUCGUAACAUCGCAAGACAGGCUGACGUGAUCGCCGCCCUGUCGUUGGACGUACUCAAAGGCACCACACGGGCAUACGAUCCAGAUAUCCAUAAAAUUCGUCCACAUAAAGGCCAAAAUCUAUCAGCACUUCGGCUUCGAUCCCUGCUCCACUCUGAUGCCAAUCCAUCACAAAUUGCAGAAUCCCAUCGUUACUGUAAUAAAGUGCAAGACGCCUAUACAUUGAGAUGUGUACCUCAGGUAAUGUUUUUGAGCUGUUUGGGACAGGGUAAAUUGGGGUGA